UCUCUGGGCUUUGCAGGAAGGGUACCAAGGAUCUUCGGUCUCUGCUCUUCCCGACUGUCAGCCUUCAUGCUGAGGACAGACCUCCUGGGAGCUUCUCCAAAGAGCAGUGCCUUUUCAAGUAGAACGCCUGUGGCUUCGGGAAGCCCUCCCAGCUCCAAACUGUCACUCUUGGACAACUGUCACUUUGGAUAAACAAGCAAACUCUAAACGAAGCAGGUAGCAGACUUUCACAUCUUAGUAGGCUUAGCUGCACCAGUGAGCUCAGGCCAAGAUGCUUAGGGGCCAUUUUGCUGGCAGCGGGCAGGGAGGAGAGGAGAUCUGGAACACGGCGCAGGCCAGGCCGUGGGGCAGCCGGGUGAAGGAUGCCCGUCUGUCUGCAGGUGAGGACUCCGUCAGCACCCUGGGCCUGAUCCUCGGCGUGGGGCUGUCUCUGCUGCUCGUGUCCAUCCUGGGCUACAGCCUGGCCAAGUGGUACCAGCGCGGGUACUGCUGGGACGGGCCUAAUUUUGUCUUCAACUUGUACCAAAUCCGGAACCUGAAGGAUCUGGAGAUGGGUCCACCCUUCACCAUCAGUGGCCACAUCGGCAGUCCGGAUGGUGGCUACACGAAGUUCUCCAACAGGCUAGUCUGAUGAGGGGUGCAUCAGCCUUCAGGAGCCUCUGUGUGUGUCAGGUGAGUGGGUGUCGGUGAGCUCCUGAGUGAGUCUGAUAUCCCAGGAAGGUCCGCAGAUGGUCCGGGCUUGGGACCCAGAGAGAUGAUGUGGUUCAUCCUCCGCCUUCUGUGGAGUGGGUGUUGUAGGAGAUGAGCUCAGCAAUGAAGGCCCAGGGCUGUGCUGUCCCUGUCUCCGGCCAGCACUGGGCCGCUCCUUUUCCACCUGUCUACCUAAUGUCCUGCCUUUCAUCCUGGGGAGUUUCUAUUUCUAAUAUGGAAGCUUCUAGAGUAGAGCUUUCUAUCUGAGCCCCUUACUCUGAGUUGAAGGUACCAGAUGGCAACCUUCUCUGGAGCUUCCUUUCCGAGCUUUCUAAACCCAGAGCCUUCCCUGCUUCACAGCUCACUGACCCUUUGGUCACAACUUUCCUCCCUUACGUUCAAGCCCAUGCUUUCUCCAUGCCACAGUUGUCGUUGCCCAUCAAACAUCUUCUGCCCCCAGCAGUCCCUCGUGGACCCUCAGCUUCUCUUUCAUCUCCUCCCACCACCACAGUCCGCUUCUCUGCGUGUCCCUCCCCCCACCGCGUGCCUCUUGCACCGGAGGAGCCUAGCCAGGUGCAGUGCUUUAGAGGAAUCCUUCCCAGGUCUCAUCUCUUUGUUGUGCUCCUCUUCGUUUUCUGCAGAUGUGGCUCCUGGCCCAGCACCAGCCUUCACCUCCCUCAAGGCCUGGCCUGCUCUCCCUGUGGACAAGAGGACUCUUCUCUGGGAGCACCACCGGCCUGCGGGGGCAGAGUUCCCAGGAGAGUCGGGCCUCUGGACACGGAGUCCGGCAGAGUAGCAGAGGCCUUCUCCGGGAAACUAGAGGCAGCUGCUUCUCGGGGCGGGAGGACUGGCUUCCGGGAGGCCCCUGGGCCUGUGGGUGGAGCUCUAGGUGUCCUGAAGGCAGAGCCCUCCCAGGGCGGACAGGGCUUGGAGACUCCAGAGGGGAGGUCUGCAUGGGUGUCCCCAGUCACUUCCCCUUGCAGGGCUGACCCCAGGGGCUGGGAAACCAGUCAUAUCCUCAAAAGGCAAAGUCACGUGGGAAUGGUGGUGAUUCCAGACUGUUUUUAACCUUCCUAUCAGAAGCCAACUUCCCGUAAGAGCUGAAGGCUGGGCUUGGGCCUUUUCUCUGCCUUAUCCCCACUGUGCCGGGUUCUGGCACUUUCAGCCGUACCUGACGCUCCCCAUCUGGGUCUGCUUUCCGCGCUGCUGACCAGCCUCAGCGCCUCACAAACAAUUCUGAGGGCAGUGCUUAGAACAAUCUAGAAAUGUGCUCUUAUUUUUCUAGGACCCUGUGAUGGGGUGGGCAUGGGGCAGGGGGUUCUCUAUCUCCCUGUGCUCUUUAGGCCCUGGGCAAGGCCUGCCCUGGGAUGGGGAAGGUGGACCAGAAGUGGUGGGAGUGGUGGGGAGGAAUCCAGGCGAGCCUGCAGAAACCAGAUGACGCACGUGGGAAAUCAAGAGCCAAGCGCAGCUCGGUGGGUGGCAGGACACCGAGUCAUCCCUUCUUUCUCUCUGCUCUGUGCCCUACUAGGCCUGAGGUGGAGUCUGCACUGGGAUGGCAUCUUAGCGGACGCUUCCAAGCACAGUUGUUCAGUCCAGACGGGCUGAGCUCCUGGGGCAGAUGUGGGUGGAGCAGGGCCUGGAGGGGCGCCACCCCCCCCGGAACCUGCAGUUUGAAGAGCUCCCAGUCCCCCGUCUUCCUGCUGAUGUCCUAGCAGGAUACGGGAGCCCAGGACAGUGAUAAGUGAGGGGGAGAGAAGUCAUAUUAUUUGCCUUCCUAUACUCUUUCCUGAGGCUGGUUUCUUUCUUGCUUUGGAGAGUAGAAGAUUGCAGGGGAAGGGAGGAGAGAGAGGGAACCUACCAGCUCCCACCCCACACUUCCCACCAGGCCUGGGGACCAUUUUGCCAGUGUAGCCAGGCUCUGACUUAAUCAACCACGUCUCUGGAUUUGGAGAUCUUCAGCUGGGCCCCAGUCUUCUGUCCCUGAGGAGGUAGGGGUGGGAAAGAAUCCCCAGGGGCUCUGGACCCUCCCUCCCUUGAUGGCCUAGUUGGGGAGGAGCGGGGCGGGGAGACAGGCCAAUCUUGGCAUCCUUCCUCCUUGGUUCUCUGUUCUGGGGGCCAGGCCCCUUUCCUAAACCCAUGGGAUGUCCAGCCUCCGUAAAACUCUCAACCAUGCCCUGCUCAGUAUGGACCCCGAGUCUUCAGUCCAUGCAGGGCCCCCCUAGGCCCCCUGGAAGUGCUCAGGGCCCAGCUGCCUUGGGGGAACCUGAGAAGAUGGGGCCCAGGGCCUGCGUGGUCCUGCCCGGGCUGGGUGGCCUCAGGUGAGGAGACUGGGACAGCUGCUGACGCCUGGGAGCACCGAGGGUAUUUCCCAUUCUCAGCAGAGGAACUGAGACUGGGCUACUUCCUCUUUUCGGGUCGUCUGACGUGUUCCCUGUCCUCUCUGCCUCCCCCUCUUUUCCCUGACUUCCGCAGUCCUCCUGGCGAGCACAGCUUUCUUCACCCUUGGGCCCCAGCCCCCGCCCUAGGAUUCUCCAUGUUUCUAAUGAGGACCCUAAAGUGGCAGAUGCUGGCGACUUUGGAGAUGUGUAGGGGGCAGAGGCCCAGAAAUCUGGCUAUAGAUAUGGUUGCGCUGGGCACUGCCCUAGCAUCCGAACCCAGGCCGUGCCAGGGCCUCCCCGGGAGCCUCCCUCUCCUCUUAGCUGUUCUCCAUCCCACCGGCCCUCAGAGCCAGGACGCAAGUCCCAGGAGCCAGCAGCUCUCUAGGCUGGCAUUCCCAGGCCUCUGCCACCCCCUUCCUCUUUGGUGCCUUUGCCGGGGCUGCCUGGAAUGCCACCCACCUCCCUCAUCUAUUCCCUGUGGUCGGCUCAAGUCUCUUUCCUCUCACUUCCCUCAUGAUUCUAGACUCGACGCCCCCAUUUUGGUCCUAACAAUAGUCACCUUUUUCUCCAUCUGUGCUGCUCCCCAACCAGGCUGAGCUCUUUGUGGGCAGGGUUAUGUCCCAUAGGUCUUUAGUAACCGUUAAAUGUGGAGCACGUAGGAGAUGCUAAAUGUAAGUGCCAGCUAAAGAAACAGGCAAGGAAGAAACAGCUGGUGUGGCCAUGGAAGGCUGCCUCACCCUAGAGAAACAUGCCCAGGAGAACUGAGGAGCAGAAACUGCCUGAGCAGCACACAGUCUAAAGAGUACCAGGCAUUUCUGGGCACAUCACCACGUCCUGAGCCUCACAGCAACCUUGUGAUAAGGGGGUUUUCACCGGCCUUACUUUAUGUAUGGAGAGACUGAAGCUCAGCAAGGUAGCACACACUGCUUAAGGCUGCACAGCCAGCCACUGACUGUCCUGGGGCCUCACACAUGCGGCCUGACUUCAGGGCUGUGCGGGAUGAGGACUGCACACUGUAGAACAGGGUCUGGUCUUGACGGCCCUGCCACGCUGUGUGGCUGUGGGCUAGCCACUUUGUCACCCUGGGCACAUAUUUCAGCAUCUGGAAAUCAAAGGAUUGGACUAGUUCUCCAAAGUUCCUCUUUUUCACUUGAAGGAGAAAAAGGAUCUUACCUGUUUUUUUUCUAAGAAAACCUCUGUAUUCUCAGUGCAUAGCAUAGGACCUGGUACAUAGCAGGCAUUCAAUAAACAAAAGAUGCAAGCACCAAGUGUAGUCCUGACUUUCUAACUUAGGAGGUGGCCUUUGAAAGGUGACUCGCACAGUCCUUCAGGCCCCAAAGGUCUAGGAUCCUAAAUAUCACUCAGCUUUCCUUUGACCUUGGAUGAGUCAGACCGGCACCCAGGACUGAACCAUUCCCAGCAAACCCUUCUUCACGCAGAAACUGAACAGUGACGUUUGCAGGGUGGGUGCACCAUCCUCACAGGUGAAGGUGCAGAGGCUCAGGGUCUGGGGAAAUGAUUUACUUAAGGCCAGGCAAGAAUGGACUUUCAUUAUGAUCUUCGUCACCCACGUUUAUCCUCUGCCCGAGCUGGCAGCUUCCCUGAGCUCCUUGACCCCCAGGGGAGUGGGCUCCUCUCUUUGCUGAGUCCCCUGGUGUGGUGAGGGGGCUUCUCAGCAGCCUGGGCUCCCGAGACCCUGUCCUCAGCUCUGAACUUCUCACUGACACACUCUACAUUCUUCCUUUUAUUUUUUAUACCUCCUUUGGUGUCCAAAGCAUCAAAUUCUGUCCAUUCUUUAUGCCAGCUCAAUUCUCACUUCCCCAGGGAGCCUUCUUCAAGGCCUUAUUGUCUUCUUUUAAUUAUUACUUAACAUUUAUAACAUGUUAUAAAAAUUUAUAUAUAAUAUGUGUACUAUAAAUUAGAAGUGCUCUCCGGCUCCCAUAACUUAAUUGUUGAUUAUUCCCUUGUAUCCAUUCAUUCAUUCAUGCAGCUUCUAGAA